AUGAAAAGCGUCCAUGUAAGCCAGUUGAGAGCUGGGUCAUUCAAUCUGACAAGUCUUGUUGAGGAAUCUGUUGAUAUCAAAGAAGACAAUGUUUUUCAGACACAUACCAAUCUUGUAGAGCUUGUUGGAGACCUUGAGAACAUAAGAGAGGGUUUGUUUUUCAAGAGGGAAAAGCUCAACACAAAGCUUCGUACCGUCCAGGAGGGACUGAAGCUUGACAAGAUUGACGAUCUGAGCAAAGAGAUAGGCCAGAUAGUUCUGGAGCCGCUUGGGCCGUCAAGAGACGUGCUAGAAAAAAACAAGAAGAUCAACCAUCUCAAAAGAAUGGAAAAAGCCGUAAAGUAUCUGAUGGAGGUUGAGAAGGGGAAUUUCAAUGUGAUUGACAGUCUUAUCUCAAGUGAUAGCGAGGAGGACUGGAGAUUUCUAUGUUUUCUUUUGUAUAGCAUCUCAAAGGUGACCGAAGACUGCGAGAAGCUCCGAGAAUACAAUAAGGCAAUGGAAGACAAGAUGCUUGAUGUGUUUGAAAUAGGAAAUAAGCAGAACAACAAGACAAUGAUGAGGUCCGCAUAUAACUCAUUACUUGAAAUGGGAAAGGAAAGUUUUCUCGUUCAUUCCUACAUAUAUUCCUUGGACCUGUUUAAGGAGCCGGUUAGAAUGGAGAACAAGGAAGAAAAGAUCAUAGACCUUGACUUCCACGCAGUUGAGCAUAGCACGUUUGUGGAGUUGAUAAGCAAGAUUAGAGAUGCAUAUGACGACAAGUUCAGGGAUCUUGGGGAUAUCUUUGUAAAUACAAAGGAUGUAUAUAAGAUGAUACACAAGAAGGUAUAUGACGACAUUAUUUCUACAGCAUUGGGCGACUAUCUCAAGGGAACAAGUCCCUGCACGUUUCUUCUAGGGCUUGAAAGUUGCCACCGGAAUCUUCAGAUUCUCGGAUCGUUCAUCGAGACAAUAGACCCAGAUUUCGAUGAAUCUCAUGCCACCGAAGAUCUUAUUUCGCAGUAUACCAGAAUUGCUGUUGAUAAGGAGAAAGCCUUUUUCGACCAGAUCUAUGAAAUUCUUGUUCUUCGGAAGCCUUGCAACACCAAGUACAUCAUUCUUGGAGAGGAAGUUGGGAACGAUUCCAGUAACAUCUUCAUGUAUAAGCAGCUCCUUAACACCAUAAACUUUGCCCUGGAGAGAUGUAACAAGUUCUACAACGAGGAAGAGGAAGAUGAGCUUAUAGACUUUUUCUCCUGGAAGAUUAAUGGAUUUGUUACUAGCGUUUAUGAUUCGAUGCAAAGCAAGUUUGAAGUGAUAAAGUUGCUUCAAUUCAUUUACUUGGUGACAAGGAAAUACUUUGGAGAUAAAUUCCAGAAGCUUGGGGUCUUCAGAAAUAAGAUCAAUAAGAAGCUCAAGGAUGCAUUUGAGGAUCAAAUAGAAACAUGUGCCAUGAGAAUCGGAGUCCGAGUCAAACAGGAGAAUUUUGUGAAUCUGGAGGGAUGUGAAAGAGUUCUGGAAGUUAUAGAGAAGGAAAUUAGUGAGGCAUCUGAAAUGUCGAUAAGAGGAGAAAACUCCAAGAUCCUGAUAAACAGAAUUCUUUGUGAUCUCUAUUCUGCUUUAUACAGUAGAAUAUUGCACCUUACAUUUGAUGAGCAACAGUCAAGAAACAUGGUAGAGUAUGUUUCUAGGGUCCUGGAAUUUGCCAAGAACUUUGGGAGCGCAGAGGCGGUCCAGAAGCUUACUCACCUCCUGAAUCUGGGCCUUUUGAUAUCGAUUUCAGAAGGAGAUUUUGAGUCGUUCUAUGCCUCUCUAGCGGGAAAAGUAUCGGACGACGAAAUCUUAAAGGCAAUACACUGCAGGAAAGAUGGGGAGAAGAUGCAACAAAGAAUAUUUGUUCCAUAA